CCUUUCAAUUCGGCGCGUUGCUCACACAAGCAAAAAUUAAAUGAGUUUUUUAAGCAGCUGCAAUACGGUGUACGUCGAAGUGCGUUUGCACCGCAGCGACCAGCGAUUGCAGGCUCUUCGAGCUGCAAUCGAGCCCAAAUUAAAUGAGUACCUGCAAGCAUUAAAAUCGUUUCGCUGGAAUCGCGCUUUCACGCCGGACACGCACAUUCCUACGGUGGAAAGUAUACUGCUGGAGAGGGAGAACGGCGAAAAUGGCACCAUGCAGCUGCCAGAUCAAAAUAAGUUUAAAUUCGUGUAUCAUUUCUACAUGACGCAGCGCCCAGAGAUGCGUUCAGACGCCGGUCUUUUCGAUGGCAGCGGCGAUGGCGAUGCAGAUGGCAAUGACUGUGUGAUAGCUGCAAAUCACGUCCUGCUGCCUGCCACUGAGCUUUCUGGUCUCUGGGAGAAUUUAAUAUAUGAAGAGGGAUUGAAGGAAAAGCUGCUUAAGUUUGCGCUUUCGGCUCUCAGUUUCUCGCAACAUAGUGUGGACACCAAUGUGAUUGCUUGUAAUCGACUGCUCCUGCUGCAUGGUCCACCCGGCACGGGCAAGACGAGCCUUUGCAAGGCGCUCGCCCAAAAGUUGUCAAUCAGGACACAGAGCAGCUUUGCCUACACGCAUCUUGUGGAGAUCAAUAGCCACAGUUUGUUUUCAAAGUGGUUUUCGGAGAGUGGCAAAUUGGUUGCGCGUCUCUUUGGUAAAAUUGGGGAACUCGUGACGGACAAGAACAAUUUGGUUUGCGUACUCAUCGAUGAGGUAGAAUCGCUGGCAUAUGCGCGUAGUGCUAUGAGCAGCAACGAGCCACGCGAUGCGAUGCGAGUGGUGAAUGCAGUGCUCACCCAGCUGGAUGAAAUUAAGGCGUGUCCCAACGUGCUCAUCUUGGCCACUUCGAAUUUGGCGCAAAGCAUUGAUUUGGCCUUUCUUGAUCGCGCGGAUAUACGUCAGUUUAUUGGACUGCCAACGCCAGCAGCCAUCAAAUCAAUUUACAAGUCCAUGUUAGCUGAACUGAUGGUCAGGGGCAUUGUGAGAACCGAGGAGCUGGAGGGAAAUCAGGCGGAUGCGGAGGGUCUGCUCACAAAUCUGUCAGAACGCAGUGUCGGUUUGAGUGGACGCACAUUGCGCAAGUUACCGCUGCUGGCACACGCUCAACACACUAGCCGAGAUCUGUUUGAUGUGAAUCAGAAGAUAACCCUAUCGGAUUUCCUUGAUGCAAUGCUGCUUGCCUUGGAACAGCAUCUGGCUGAGCAGCGGCACUUAAAGCAUGACACGGACAUGUAUCACUAAAUAACAGUUAUUACGUCAGCUAUGCAUGAACAAUUUUUAGUUAAGCAAACAACUCUCACAUGUCUUCAUGUCCAUCAAAUGCUACAUUGUAAACUUCAAUUUGCUUGUACAAAAGAGAUGUGAACAAAAAAAUACAAUUGUGAAUAUAA